UGGCUGAUAAAAAUAGAAAUGUUGUUGUUUUUCUGUGUUUUCGAGCCUGCGAAUCAAGGCCAGCGUACAAAGUACAAGAUGGCGGACGAAGUGGCUGAAAAAAUGAAAAGAGUUCAAAAUUUGAUCGAGAAAAAGAAUGCGAUUGAGGGGGAAAUAAAAGAAUUGCACGAAGUUCUUGAAUCACAAGGUGGCGUAGGUAUGAAAGGCAAUUUAGUUGACAAUGAAGAUUAUCCUCGACAAGAUAUUGAUGUGUAUGCUGUUCGCUUUGCAAGAAAUCGUAUAAUAUGCUUACAAAAUGACCACAAAGCUCUUAUGAGUGAGAUUGAGGAGGGACUUCAUAAUGUUCAUGCUGCGGCAAGAGAAAAAAAGUUACAGGACAGUCAUUCACAAUUGGCUAAUGCUGCACCAGGUGAAGAAUCAGUAACACCUUUUCUCUAUGUUGAUCAGAUAUCACCAAGGUCACCAGCUGAACAAGCAGGUCUUUGUGUUGGUGAUCAAGUUAUUAAAUUUGGUUCCAUAAAUUCUGAAAAUUUUCAAAAUAUGCAAGCCAUUGGAAGUGUUGUUCAGCAUUCUAAAGGACAAUCAAUUUCUGUUGUCGUUAAACGAGUUGAAAAUAUCCAACGCCUGAAUUUGAUUCCUAAUGAAUGGUCUGGUAGAGGAUUAUUGGGAUGCAAUAUCAUCACACUAGAUAAUAGCAGGCCAAGAUAGUUCGCCCAAACCGAAUGCCAGUUUACAGAUUAUAAACAGGAAGGACACAAAAUUGCAUCCCACUGACGAUUCUGUCGGUCAGUAUAAUUCUACAACAAAACAGCAUAUGGCGAACGAAAUAACUUGCAGUUGUCAAUCGGUGCCAGCUUAUUUUACACAGGAGAAUCAAGUCGCGUCCUGUCCACAAAUGUUUUCGAAACUCGCUCGACGAGGCUGCGGUAAACUUUCCGGUGCAGGUUACUGUAGUUGUUUCAACUUGAAACAUUUGGUGUUUUCACCAAAAAUGCUAAUAAAUGUCUACAUGGAAUGCAAAACGUUCAACUUUAAUUAACACGCUGUUGUCCCAAAUCGCGCAGGUCUUCCUGGCACAUCCAAGCUAUAUUGUGACACGUUAUGAUUUUGUUCUACUGCAAAAUUUCUUUUCACAUACAGCCUAAGAAAGGUUUUGCGAUAGUUUGGCAAACGCAUGACGUAGAUUAGAGGAUUAACAGCGAAAUUAAUGUAGUACAGUGAAUUGAAAACGAUUAAAAUGAUCUUUUCUUCGAGGCUUCUGAAUAGAAGUAGUUGGUGAAAUAUCGAGGCGGGUAUCAUGCAGACUGCAACAACACAUGCCACGAGAAUAAUUGUAUUGAGAAAUCGUUUUUCCUGUAGGAUCCGUAUUUCUUGAGCUCGAUUCUCAAUGCCAAUGGCAGCGGAGUUUUGGAGGCGAAUGUUGCGUGAUUGCCUCUUUAGAUUGUAACCAGUGAAAGCGCAUACAGCAAUUGUAAAAAAAUUGAGUAUAAAGCCUACGACACUUGCAGCGAUGAGAUCAUAUUUUUUGUUUCCAAAAAUUAAAAACUUCGACGGUAAAACAGCUGAUAUUAACCAAAUGCACGCUAGCCACAGUGAUGUCACUUUACCGGUCAUGAAAUUACGAUGUCGUAUGGGAUAUGUUAUCAUGAAAUAGCGGUCGAUUGACACAGAUACGAUGGUCACAGCUGACGAACCUAAUGCAAGAGAUAAUAGUAUCUCUGCUAACAAUCGAUGUGAUCUCAGUGCCCCAAACCGAUAGCAAAAAGCUAUCAAGCACACAGAAAGAUCCGCUACUUCUAGGUUAGCCAUAAGAUACGUUUUUGAAUUUUUGAAACAUUUUAAGGGAUCUUUGAUGAAUCCAUUCAAAAGAAAUAUGUGUGAAAUCGCUCCAAAAAAACAGAUGAUGAGAUAGGGUAUGUUGGUAUAUUCAAAUUCAACAAAAAAAUCCUCUCCCAUUGUCACUUGCACUAUGAAAGUUAUAAACUCCAACUGAUAUCGUCUAAGCCAGAUGCCUUUUUUGAGAAUAUAUAACGAAUUUUAAUUAGAUUUAAAUGUACGGUGUAAUAGUGUACUUUGAUGUGCGUUAUGACUAUAUAUAAUAAUAUACAUUAUUAAUGUAAUAUAUUUUUGACAGUUAUUGC